GUAAUCUAUUCCUCAAGUUACUGUUAAUAAUAGCCCGGCCCAAGGCCUCAGUAAUAAUGCCUUCUAAGCAUAGAGCAUCAGACUCUGAGGAGAGCAGUAGCCGUCCAGCGCUUCCACCGUCAAAACGCCAGGUCCGUCAUGCUUCAAGAGCUUGCGAUGAGUGUCGUAGAAGGAAAAUACGCUGUGAUGGAAUGGUUCCGCAGUGCACUAUAUGUAAGAACCGAGACUCAGCUUGCGAAUAUAAGGAUGAGGACCGUCGAAAGACCAACCUGGAACAUAUUGAAGACAUUAAUGCACGGAUGGAUCGUUUUGAGAAGCUCGUGGAGAACCUCCUGGCUGCUACCACAGCUUCAAGAUCGAUGGCUGCUCCUCCGACACAAUCUUUGUCAGAUGUUGGACUUAUCGAAUCAAUAAUCCAAACCCCCUCUAAUGAAAGCUCCUCGAGAAUGGCUGAGUUACCGACGAAUCAUGCUAUCGAUAGGUUACCGGCGGCUUUGGGAUCCAAAAACACGACCCCUAGCUCGACUACUUCCGCAAGGCAGAUGCUACACAAUAUCGAUACGUUGCCUGUUACAUCUUCACGAUUACGGAAGGUCGAAGGAGGGCCGGACUAUGAACUAUUUCAGAGGGUCGGUAAAGCCGAUGCGGCCUUGGUGCAGCAUGGCCCCACGUCCCUGUGGACAUGCGCUAGCUCACGUCUUCAAGAAACAGAAGCCUCUUCCACCCAUGAGCCACGAAUGGGCGAUUGGAUUGACUGGUCCCGUAAUCUUCCAUCCUCUCUCAACAUCAGCAAGACGAUCCACGAUCAAGCUUUGGACUACUUUUCCGCCUUUUAUGCCCCAUGGUGCUUGAGUGUAGACAUGCCUGCUUUCAUUACGGACCUCAAUAUAUGCAAUAUGACCCAAGUCUCCGGUCGCGAUCGUCAAUCUCCUCCAAUUCGGACUGCUCACUACUCUCCUCUUUUACAUUGCUGUGUACUGUACCUGGGCUUGCGGUUGAUCAAGCAGGAGCAUCCCGCUUUGAUGCGCAGCUAUGAGUCCAUUUUCAUGCGACAUUGUUCGGCUUUGUUAUUUGAAGAGUGCGACCACACUGCAUUGAGCUCUUUGCGAGCUUAUAAUUUGUUUUCCAAUUGUGCACAUUUUGUACGAUUGUCAACUUGUGAAAAUCAAUUCAAUCUUGGAGACAGACAACAUGCCACAGGAUAUCUGUACUCCGGCAUGGCUAUAGCUGGUGUCCAUGCAUUGGGCCUAAACCUCAAUUGUGAGAGCUAUGUUAGAAGAGGUCAGAUAACCCCGGAUGAGCGGAAUUUAAGGGAAUAUGCUUUCUGGACCACGUAUCUGCAAGACACAAUCCGGGCUCUCGCUGCUGGCCGUCAACCCAUACUCGUCGAUACAUCUAGUGCACCUUUUCCACAGAUCGACAGCAUUCUAGAUGAUGUGUUAUGGAGCUCUCCUACGGUACCCUUAUAUUCAGUAACACCCCCGUCUCCAGGGCUUAGUGUUAAUGGUCUUCGAUCAAUGCGCUCUACCGCAUUCCAUUGGAUGGCAAGACUAGCUGUAAUCAGCCGUUCGGUGUUAGAGACUCUAUACUCAUCUUCCAAUGGCGAGUCGACAAGGGAAGAAUCGGCGUGGGACCUUUUGCAGCAGCUCGAGACAUGGCAUGACCGCUUCCCACUGGCUCAUCCAGAUAUGAACCCACUGCCGCACGUUUUACUGCUCCUCAUGACAUACCAUCUGGUUGUCAUUUUUAUUCUUCGACCUUUUUACCGAUCGACUUCGACCACCAUUCCAGCGCAAAAAUGCCAGCAGGCUGCUCAAUCUAUUCUUUACCUCCUUGAUUUGUUUGAAAGCGUGCACGGUCUGCGCUUUUGCCAUCAUAACCUGAUCAACGCCAUUUUUGGUGCAGCCACCAUCUUCCUACUGGGUAAUAUCAAGUCGAAAGACAUCGGUUUUUCUAGCACAGACCUCUUGAACUUCAACCGAUGUGUCGAUCACAUGUCGCGUUUAAGUCUGACAUGGACAGAAGCUGCCAUGAGCCAUGACAUAUUAGUCGCACUUCAAGCAGAAUGCGAGCAACCGAGUGCCGAGCCGCUUUUGGACCAGAAUGAUUUAAACCCCUCCUUCCCACCUUUCAACUCAUUCAACGACAUGCAGGAUAUCUGGGGUUUGAUGUUCCCGGAUCAGGCCUUUCAGUGGCAAGACCUGAACGAGGCUUCAAUGUAAUCAUGGUUGACAGCUGGAAUAGUGGACUUAAAAAUGAAGAGGUGCUUCGGGCUUGUAUCUGUUUGUAUCUCGAUUUUUGGGAGCUCAUCUGCAUGUAGUUAAUUAGGUU